AUGAGCAGGUAUGGCAGCAGCUACGGCGGCGGCGGCGACUUCAACAGGGGACGGGGAGGCGGCUAUGGCGGCGGCGGUGGCGGCGGCAUGGGCGGCCGCGGUGGCUACGGCCGUGACAUGGGCCGACGAGCCGAGCCCGGCGUCGGUGGCGGCGCCGAGCACCUGGCGCGCAUCCACGGCACAGAGGAAGACCGCGUCAACUGCCCGUUCUACUUCAAGAUUGGCGCCUGCCGGCACGGUGACCGAUGCUCGCGCCUCCACAACAAGCCCGUAUUUAGCCAGACGAUCCUGGUCAAGCACAUGUACCAGAACCCGCUCUCGGUCAUCAUUGCUGCCAACGGCGACCCGUCGCAGUUGGACCAGAAGACCGUCGACGAAGACUUUGAAGAUUUCUUCGAAGAAGUCUACGAAGAGCUGUGCAAGUUUGGCAAGGUCGACGAACUCAACGUGUGCGACAACCUUGGCGACCACCUUGUCGGCAACGUGUACGCCAAGUUUGACGACGAGGAGUGCGCUGCCGCGGCGCAGAAGGCGCUCUACGGUCGCUUCUACGGCGGCCGCCCGCUCAUUUGCGAGUUUUCGCCCGUCACAGACUUUCGCGAAGCACGCUGUCGUCAAUUUGACGAGGGCACGUGCAACCGCGGCGGCUACUGCAACUUUAUGCACAUCAAGAUGGUGUCACAUGCCAUGAUGAUCGAGCUCGAGCGCCACUACAACCCGUCGGCGCCGAAGAAGUCGCAGCCGCAGUAG